AUGGACUCCAUUUUUAUGGUUUUGGAACUGUUUAGGAUUGUCCGUGCCAAAAAUCGUGACGAAUUGAAUUUCUUGGAGUUUAGGACUCGUGGACAUUAUGAUAAGGACGCUGUUGAAGAUGGGUUUAUUAUUAAUACUUGUGAAGCAAUUGAAGGUGAGUUUAUUGAAGAUUUCCGGCGAGCUAAGGCUGGGAAGAGAGUGUUUACUGUUGGCCCUGUUCAUCCUCUUAUGGUUGUUGGUAGUGUUCGGAGAAGUGAGUGUUUGGACUGGCUUGAUAAGCAAGUGGAGAAGAGUGUUUUGUAUGUUGCCUUUGGUACUACUUCUAUGAUGUCUGAUGAACAGAUAGAAGAGCUAGCAAUUGGAUUAGAGAAGAGUGAGCAAAAGUUUAUAUGGGUCCUGAGAGAUGCUGAUAGUGGUGAUGUAUUUGCUGAUGAACAAAACGCUGACAAGAGAAGAAGAAAGUUGCCACCAGGAUAUGAAGAAAGAUUGAAAGGUGUUGGAAUGGUUGUGAGAGAUUGGGUUCCACAGUUGGAAAUACUAGCACACAAAGCCAUUGGAGCAUUCAUGAGUCACUGUGGAUGGAACUCAUGCAUGGAGAGCUUGAGUUUUGGAGUGCCAAUUCUUGCAUGGCCCAUGCACUCGGACCAACCAAGGAAUGCCAUGUGUGUGAGUGAGUAUUUGAAGGUGGGGUUCAUGGUGAGGGAUUGGGAACAUAGAAUGGAAGUUGUGAGCUCAAUGGUGAUUGUGGAGGUGGUGAAGAGAUUGAUGGUGAGUGAUGAAGGGAUGGAGGUGAAGAAUAGGGCAAGGGAACUUGGUGAACAAAUUAGGGCUGGUGUUUCACAUGGUGGUUCUUCUUGGAAGGAGAUGCAAUCCUUCAUUUCAUAUAUUAGUACAUGAUUUGAGAUUUCUUAUUUUUAUUUUUAUUUUGU